GCACAACCUCCGCGCCGGUCCCCGGGCCAACGGCAGCAACGGCCGCAACAUGCGCGCACUGCCCGCGCGCUGGGCGGAGCUCGCACAUCAGGGCUUGACGCGGCAGCCCCGCCGCUCCCGCUCGCCUCGCGGGCUGCGCGCGAGUCCCCCCGACUCCGCGGCGCGCAGCGGCUGUGACGUCCCGGCAACAUGGCGCCCACGGGGCCGGGCGACCCCGACUCAUCGGAUCCCCAGAAAAGCAUCGAAGAUGAAAUUGAAUCGGUUCUGCAGGAGAGGAUCAUGGUUUUGGAUGGAGGCAUGGGUACCAUGAUCCAGCAACAUGCCCUGUCAGAAGAGGAUUUCCGAGGGCAUGAAUUUAAAGAUCAUUCCAGGCCUUUGAAAGGCAAUAAUGAUCUUCUCAGUAUAACUCAACCUGAUAUAAUCUGUGCCAUACACAAGGAAUACUUGUUGUCAGGUGCUGACAUCAUUGAAACGAACACUUUCAGCAGUACCAGAGUUGCACAAGCUGACUAUGGCCUUGAGCAUUUGGCGUAUCGGUUAAACAGAGUGUCUGCACAGGUGGCCAGAAAAGCAGCAGAUGAUGUAACUGCUCAGACAGGAAUUAGGAGGUAUGUUGCUGGAGCCAUGGGUCCAACAAACAGGACACUGUCUGUGUCACCAUCUGUGGAGAGACCAGAUUACAGGAAUAUAACUUUUGAUGAACUAGUUGAAGCCUAUAAGGAACAAGCCAAAGGACUUUUGGAUGGAGGAGUUGAUAUCUUGUUAGUGGAAACCAUAUUUGAUACAGCCAAUGCCAAGGCAGCUAUUUUUGCACUCCAGACGUUGUUUGAGGAAGAGUAUGCUCCCCGGCCCAUAUUUGUUUCUGGAACCAUUGUGGAUAAGAGUGGACGUACUCUCUCAGGCCAGACAGGAGAGGCAUUUGUUAUUAGUGUUUCCCACAGUAAGGCACUUUGUAUCGGCCUAAAUUGUGCUUUAGGGGCAGCUGAAAUGCGACCAUUCAUUGAAACAAUUGGAAAAUGUACAACAGCCUACAUCAUCUGUUACCCCAACGCAGGUCUUCCCAAUACUUUUGGUGGUUAUGAUGAAACUCCAGAGGUGACUGCCAAGCAUAUAAAGAAUUUUGCUUUGGAUGGCUUGGUUAACAUAGUUGGAGGUUGCUGUGGUACUACGCCAGCACAUAUCAGGAAAAUUGCUGAAGCAGUGAAAUUCUGUAAGCCUCGUGUUCCACCUGCUCUCUCUCAAGGAUACAUGCUGCUGUCAGGUCUGGAGCCAUUCAGGAUUGGGCCAUAUACCAACUUUGUUAAUAUCGGUGAACGGUGCAAUGUUGCAGGAUCACGGAAGUUUGCUAAACUCAUCAUGGCAGGCAACUAUGAAGAAGCCCUGGGUAUAGCCAAAUUGCAAGUUGAGAUGGGGGCCCAGGUACUUGACAUCAAUAUGGAUGAUGGGAUGCUGGAUGGCCCUGCUGCAAUGACCAGAUUUUGUAACUUGAUUUCUUCAGAACCUGAUAUUGCAAAGGUGCCAUUAUGCAUCGACUCCUCAAAUUUUUCAGUGAUUGAAGCAGGUUUGAAAUGUUGCCAAGGGAAAUGCAUUGUAAACAGCAUCAGUCUGAAGGAAGGUGAGGAAGACUUUUUGGAGAAAGCAAGGAAAAUUAAGUUGUAUGGAUCAGCUGUGGUUGUCAUGGCUUUUGAUGAAAUGGGGCAGGCCACAGAAACAGAAACCAAGAUUGCAAUCUGUUCCAGAGCUUAUCACCUUCUUGUGGAAAAAGUGCACUUCAAUCCAAAUGAUAUAAUAUUUGACCCUAAUAUUUUGACCAUAGGAACUGGAAUGGAAGAACAUAACCUGUAUGCCAUUAAUUUUAUCAAUGCUACUAAAACCAUAAAAGAAACACUGCCGGGAGCCAGGAUAAGUGGAGGUCUGUCCAAUCUGUCUUUCUCCUUUCGAGGGAUGGAUGCCAUUCGAGAAGCAAUGCAUGGGGUGUUCCUUUACCACGCAAUUAAGUAUGGCAUGGACAUGGGAAUUGUGAAUGCUGGGAAUCUGCCAGUGUAUGAUGAUAUCCACAAGGAAUUGCUACAGCUGUGUGAGAAUCUAAUCUGGAACAAAGACCCUGAUGCGACAGAGAAACUUCUACGUUAUGCUCAGAAUCAUGCCCAAGGAGGAAAAAAAGUUGUACAGUCUGAUGAGUGGCGGGAAAGCUCUGUGGAGGAAAGGCUGGAAUAUGCUCUCAUAAAGGGCAUUGAGAAGUAUGUCACUGCAGAUACAGAAGAAGCAAGAUUAAAUCAGGAAAAAUACCCUAGACCUCUAAAUAUAAUUGAAGGGCCUUUGAUGAAUGGCAUGAAAAUUGUUGGUGAUCUUUUUGGUGCUGGAAAGAUGUUUUUGCCUCAGGUGAUAAAGUCUGCUCGAGUUAUGAAGAAAGCAGUUGGCCACCUUAUUCCCUUUAUGGAAAAAGAAAGAGAGGAAAGGAGAGCUGAACAAGGCAGCACAGAGGAAGAGGAUCCUUAUCAUGGUACAGUAGUACUAGCAACUGUGAAAGGAGAUGUGCAUGAUAUCGGCAAAAACAUUGUGGGAGUUGUUCUGGGCUGCAACAACUUCAGAGUUAUUGAUUUAGGAGUCAUGACUCCAUGUGAUAAGAUAUUGAGAGCUGCUGUUGAGAACAAAGCAGAUAUAAUUGGCCUGUCUGGUCUCAUCACCCCUUCUUUGGAUGAAAUGAUUUUUGUCGCCAAGGAAAUGGAGAGAUUGGCAAUAAAGAUUCCUUUGCUGAUUGGAGGAGCAACUACUUCUAAAACACACACAGCUGUUAAAAUUGCCCCACGAUAUAGCGCACCUGUAAUUCAUGUCCUGGAUGCAUCCAAGAGUGUUGUGGUUUGCUCUCAGCUUUUAGAUGAAAGUGUAAAGGAUGAUUUCUUUGAAGAAAUAUUAGAGGAAUAUGAAGAAAUUAGACAAGAACACUAUGAGUCUCUCAAGGAAAGAAGAUACUUGUCUCUACAGCAAGCUAGAAGAAAAGGUUUCCACAAUGACUGGUCAUCAGGCCAUAGACCAGUUAAACCAAAAUUCAUUGGCACAAAAGUCUUCGAAGAUUAUGACCUGGAGAGGCUGGUAGAAUACAUUGACUGGAAGCCUUUCUUUGAUGUCUGGCAACUUAGGGGAAAGUAUCCCAACCGGGGUUUCCCUAAAGUCUUUAAUGAUAAAACUGUAGGUGAAGAAGCGAAGAAAGUUUAUAAUGAUGCUCAAAAUCUACUGAAAACGUUGAUUAAUCAGAAGAAAUUGCAAGCCAGAGGUGUGGUUGGGUUCUGGCCAGCUCAAAGUGUUGAAGAUGAUAUCUAUCUGUAUGCUGCAGAAGAAGCAGUGGGAUCUUCAGAACCAAUAGCAAAAUUUUAUGGCUUGAGGCAACAGGCUGAAAAGGACUCUGCCUGCACAGAUCCAUAUUACUGCCUCUCUGACUUCAUUGCACCACUGGGUUCUGGCAUUUGUGACUACUUAGGCCUGUUUGCUGUGGCCUGCUUUGGUGUUGAUGAGUUAUGCAAUGAAUUCAGGAAACAGGAUGAUGAAUACAACAUCAUAAUGGUAAAGGCUCUUGCCGAUCGGCUGGCAGAGGCAUUUGCUGAGGAGCUCCAUGAAAGGGUUCGAAAGGAAUUCUGGGCUUACUGUAGUACUGAGCAGUUAGAUCUCUCGGACCUACGCAGAAUUAAGUAUGAGGGAAUUCGCCCUGCCCCUGGAUAUCCAAGCCAGCCUGACCAUACGGAAAAACUCACCAUGUGGAAACUUGCAGACAUUGAGGAGACAACAGGAAUUGGUUUAACUGAAUCACUAGCAAUGAUACCUGCUUCUGCAGUUUCUGGCCUCUACUUUUCCAGUCCCAAAUCCAAAUAUUUUGCUGUUGGCAAGAUAUGUAAAGAUCAGGUUGAAGAUUAUGCACGGAGAAAAAAUGUGUCUGUCGCAGAGGUGGAGAAAUGGCUGGGACCCAUUUUGGGAUAUGAUACCGAAUAACUGGGACACUUGCGGGUGAACAUUUUCUUUUGAUGGAACAAGCAAACCCAACAAGAAAAUCCUUCACACUGAAAACAGCUUUUUUUUUCACCUAUCCCAAUAGCUUGUCUGGUUGUUUUUAAUUUUUGGUCAAGAAACUUCUAUUUCAAAUCUGCCCUGUGCAGAUUGUGAUUAUUGCCGAUUCCUUAGUCAUUGAAAUAUGCUUUUAUUUAUUGUUAUUUCUUGCACAAAUACUGUACGUGAGGAGCUAGAUGUAGGAUGAAUUGUGGAAGCUGCAAGAAUUUCUGUCCCAUUGGCUGUGGGUAUGUGUAGAACAGAAUUUGACUUCUGUUAUUUUAAUGUGUUUUGGCAAGUCCAGGAACAGAAGUAUGAUGUGAUUUUUUUUCUGUAAAGUCAGUAAAGGUUUUACACUGCAUGACUAAGAACAACUGAAGUACCGUUUUAAAAAUCUGUCUGCUUCCUGUUUAGGUCUUGUGAUUUGGAACAUAUGUUGUUCUCUCUGCAUAAUAUCAGAAUUUUAAAUCACUUGGUGAUGAUGAUUGUAGUUAGAACUAUCAAAAUAAUACAGUGUGCUGGAGCAAUAUCAGAUAUGCUUAAUGAUGACAAAACAUGGAAGGGGCUGACUGAGCCCUUGGAUUUGCCUGCCUCAUGCUUCCUCUUCCCUUCAGCAAGCCAUCGUCUCUUUCUACUCUUUAUAAAGGGUAACGGUACUUCCUACCUUACAGCUAUGUUGUAAGGCUUAGUUUGUAUUGAAACAGUCUUUUCUAUGUGAUAAAUACCAGAAAAGCACCAUCAUUACUACAGAUGAAUGGAAAGCUUCGAGCUGACUUCAGUGUUUUACAAACUCUUUAAGCUUCCAGGUACCUGAAUUUUACAAGCAAAUAGUAGCAAUGCUGUCAUGAGUAACAGUUAAUACCCUAUGCUGGUUCUUCAGAUUUAACUCUGAGUGAGCUAAUUGUUCAUAUCUUUUAAUAAUCUCUGAAAAGUGCCUCAGGUAUUAUUUAAAUGCUAAUUUAGUAAAAUAUUAUGACAGAAUCCCCUCAUUUUUCUGGUCUCUAAUUGUAAAGAAAAGACCAAUAUUGUAAAGAGAAUGUUCUUUUAAAUAGUUUAUCUGUAAUCUAUUAAUAGCUAUAUAAUUUUUGUAAUGUCUUCAUCUGAUUUUACGCUAAAAGAAUCAUCUUGUAUCAACAGUUUAAUAAAGGUUAAGCUGUCAAUGGUGUUAUCCUAUUAGAAUCCUUUAAAUGGCAACAAUACAAUGUGUGCAAAAGUCUGAACAGAUAAUGUCAAAAUGAAUAUGCACAUUGUACCAUGAAUCUGAAAGUAUAAAGGCUGCCAUGGGGUUUUUAAAGCAGUUGAGUAAGUGUGUUCUUAAGUGAAUGUUUUAAAAUGUUUCAUCCUUUAAUGACUUAGGCAAAAAGAAUUUCUAAAUGGCGCUCUCUUCCCCCCUCCUCCCACAUUAAGGGACUUGAGACAUGUCCUUAUCAGUUGAUUCUUAUUGCUGGAACAGUUCCUCAGUAGUAGGAACUGUUUGUUGUUGUUGUUGUUGUUGUUGUUUUUUAAAUAAAAAACAGUCAAAAAUUCUUAAUACAAAGGAAA